AUGUGCCGCCUCUGCGGGCGCAUGAUCAAAUGCAUCUUUGACUCGAUGCCCUCGAGGGUGCCUACAUCCGUCUCGAAACCCACAUCAUCUCUACGCCAACCUCACCAGACGAGAUCUCACCAUGUCUCGUCGCGCACGCUCGUGCAGAGUGCCCUGAACAUCCCUCGCAAGCCCGUGGCAGUGGCACCGCCGACAUUUCUCCUCCCGUUCCGUGCAAAGCUUCACCAGACGAGGACGCAGCCGUCCACCACGACACCCGUGUCCCAGUUCCAGAACACUCAGCCUGAGAUUCCUCCUAGUUACCUAUCCGCCGGGCCUACACAAUCACCUUCCCCAUCGACUCCUGCUCCUACUACAACGACGAUGACAACAAUAUCUCCGUCAACCACACAAUCCCUCGACCGACCCCUCGUGGUCUCGCGAUCACUACAAACGCUCCUCCCAAAACUCCACGCCCAAAAACCGCACUACAUGGUAGCUCACAUCCACCGGUUCCCCUACCUCUUGACCGAAGGCGACAUGCUACGGCUGCCGUUCCACAUGAAGGGCGUGUCGCCGGGGGACAUCCUGCGGUUUAACCGGGCCAGCAUCCUGGGCUCGCGGGACUAUACGCUCAAGGCGGGAACCUCGUCGACUGAAUCCUACGACGCCCGCCGCACGGGCGAACCGCAGUACCUCGACGAGAGGCUGUUCGAGUGCCGCGUCCGCGUCAUGGGCAUCGAGACUCAGCCCAUGACCCUGAAAGAGAAGAAGAAGCGCCGCAAUCGACACCGCAAGAUUGUGAAAAGCAAGCACAAGUACACCCUGUGUCGGGUCAUGCAGGUCCGCGUCAAGGCCCUGGACGAGUUACUCCAAGGCGAGAAGGGCAUGGUGCUCCUCGAGGGUCAGGAGAAGGAAGAAUAA